GCCAUCGCAAGCAAAGUUAACGCAAAGGACACGCCCUUCUCUCUCUGUCCCUCUCCCACCCUCCCUACCUCUCUCGGCUCUCUCUGCAAAUUCUAGGGUUUGCCAGAAACUUGUUAUUUUAUCUGCAUAUUGGAGAUGGUACUAUCGCAGAAGCUUCACGAAGCAUUCAAAGGCACGGUAGAGAGAAUCACAGGGCCACGAACGGUUUCUGCGUUCAAAGAGAAAGGCGUUCUUAGCGUCAGCGAAUUCAUUAUCGCCGGUGAUAAUCUUGUCUCUAAAUGCCCCACAUGGUCCUGGGAAUCUGGCGAACCAAACAAGAGGAAGUCUUACUUGCCUCCAGAAAAACAGUUCCUGAUCACUCGGAAUGUUCCCUGCCUACGAAGAGCUGCAUCUGUUGAAGAAGAAUAUGAAGCUGCUGGUGGUGAAGUUCUACUUGAUAAUGAAGAUAAUGAUGGCUGGCUGGCAACGCAUGGGAAACCAAAGGAAACGAAAGGUGAUGAGGAUGACAAUGUGCCUUCGAUGGAGGCCCUUGAAAUCAGCAAGAAGAAUCAUAUUCAAUCAAUACCCUCAUACUUUGGGGGUGAAGAGGAAGAAGAUAUUCCAGACAUGACAGACUACGAAGACCCUAACAAUCUAAUCGAAACAGAUCCUGCAACACUUCAUUCUACUUAUCUUGUCGCUCAUGAACCUGAUGACGACAAUAUUUUACGCACUCGAACAUAUGAUGUCAGCAUCACGUAUGAUAAAUACUAUCAAACUCCUCGUGUAUGGCUCACUGGAUAUGAUGAGUCAAGGAUGCUUCUGCAACCAGAACUUGUACUUGAAGAUGUUAGUCAAGACCAUGCACGCAAAACGGUAACUAUUGAAGACCAUCCUCACCUGCCUGGAAAGCAUGCAUCUGUACAUCCAUGCCGACAUGGGGCUGUCAUGAAGAAAAUCAUUGAUGUCUUAAUGUCACGUGGAGUUGAGCCAGAAGUUGACAAGUAUCUUUUCCUAUUCUUGAAAUUUGUGGCCUCAGUAAUUCCAACUAUUGAAUAUGAUUACACAAUGGACUUCGAUCUUGGCAGCUCAAGCAACUAAUCUAAGGUGGUGUUGGCUGUAAAUCAUCUGGCGCAUUAUCUGUUGAUGUGCUUUCUUCGACGCUAUCAGAUUUGAAUCUCUAGAAGAAACUUGUUACUUAAGAUUCUAUUUAAAGAGAGAGAGAUACUUAAGAGCUUGUGAAUGUGGUCAUGAUGUAGUACUCUUUAUAAAUUGUAAAGGGGAAAGACAAUUUCUAUUCAGAUUAUUUAGUUUGGCGUGCCAGUGUCAAUAAGCUUGAAGCAUGGGAUUGUGCCAUUUGUAACAUGCAAACCAUAGGCAAAUUCUACAUCAAUCUAUGUGAUAGCAUUUCACAUUUCCUUA